GAGAGGGGAACGAUUCUGUGCAUCAGGCAGUAGUCUUUCCCCUGAACAACUGUAUAUCUGCUUGAAAAGCUGCACAGCUUUGAUGAAGGAACAGCAGGAAUUUGAAAACCCCUACAGCACAUGCCAUGAAGGAAGAGAAUUUUCUUCGGCGCAGGUUCUCACUCUGCCCUGCCGCAUCUACUCCUCAGAAAAUUGAUCCUCGCAAGCUGACUCGGAACUUGUUUUUUGGGGCCGAUAAUGAAAUCUACCCAAUCAGCCCAGGGAAAGACAUGGAAGGAAACAGUUUGACCAUGCUGAAGGAUGAGAUUCCUCAGACGCCAAACUCUGUUAAUAAGACUGACUAUAAGCUUUGCAAUGGGUCUGAUAAAGAGUGUGUUUCUCCAACCGGCAAAAACAACAAGAAGGAGACUUUGAAGGUACAGAAGAAAAAUUACAGGCAGGAGAAGAAAAGGGCCACUAAGCAACUCUUCAGUGCUUUGAAAGAUCCCAGUGUGGUCAUAAUGGCAGAUUGGCUGAAGAUUCGUGGGACUCUGAAAAGCUGGACCAAGCUGUGGUGCGUGCUGAAACCUGGAGUGUUGCUGAUCUAUAAAACGCCAAAGGUUGGGCAAUGGGUGGGCACCAUCCUGCUCCAUUCUUGCGAGUUGAUUGAGAGACCGUCCAAAAAAGAUGGCUUCUGUUUCAAACUUUUCCACCCCCUGGAUCAGUCGAUUUGGGCUGUGAAGGGUCCGAAAGGAGAGAAUGUAGGUUCAAUCACGCAGCCUCUUCCAAGCAGCUACUUAAUCUUCAGGGCAGCUUCCGAAUCAGAUGGCCGAUGCUGGUUGGACGCCUUGGAACUGGCCUUGCGCUGCUCCAGCCUCUUCAGGCUCAGUGCAUCCAAGCAAGGAAAGGAUAGUGAUAUGAACUGCUCAACUGAUUCUUCACAUGCUGGGCUAUACAACCUGCUACACACAGCUACAAUCUCUGACCAAGAACUUUUCCACCUUAAUGAAUCAGCUCUGGAGAAUCAUCAUCUGGAAAAUGAUGCUUUCUCAGACAAAUCGGAAAGGGAUAACAUUGAGGAGUCUGAGAAUGAAAUGCACGAAAACAGCCGGAAGACAAAUGAAAGUGAGAGUGAUCAAUCCGAAAUCCACGGGGAGUUGGAAAAGAAAGGGACAACUUAUAUCGAACAGAAUUAUGAAGAAUUUGGGGAGACCGGUGAAUGCUCUCAGACUGAAACAGUGUCUGAGGAAAACAAGAGCUUGAUGUGGAUCCUUCUGAAGCAACUGCGGCCUGGCAUGGACUUGUCUCGUGUCGUCCUGCCCACUUUCAUCUUAGAACCGCGCUCCUUUCUCAAUAAGCUUUCUGAUUAUUAUUACCACGCUGACCUACUUUCCCAAGCUGCCCUUGAAGAAGAUCCAUAUUCCCGCAUCCAGCAAGUCUUGAGGUGGUACCUGUCAGGCUUUUAUAAGAAGCCAAAGGGAAUAAAAAAGCCAUACAAUCCCAUCUUAGGAGAAACCUUUCGUUGUUGCUGGUUUCACCCCCAGACCAACAGUCACACAUUUUACAUAGCAGAGCAGGUUUCUCAUCACCCUCCAGUAUCAGCCUUUCAUGUCAGUAACAGGAAGGAUGGGUUCUGUAUUACUGGCAGCAUUCUAGCCAGAUCGAAAUUUUAUGGUAAUUCGCUUUCCGCAUUAUUGGAUGGACAAGCGAAGCUUACAUUCCUAAGCAGCGGCGAAGAAUACAUUAUUACCAUGCCGUAUGCACACUGCAAAGGAAUUCUGUAUGGCACCAUGACCAUGGAACUUGGAGGGAAGGUGACAAUUGACUGUGAGAAAAGCAACCACCGGGCAGAACUGGAAUUCAAGUUAAAGCCGUUCUUUGGUGGCAGCACAAGCAUUAAUCAAAUCUCGGGGAAGAUUAAAUCAGGAGAAGAAGUGCUGGCAAGCCUCGAUGGUCACUGGGAUGGUGAAGUAUAUAUAAACGACUUGAAAAAUGGCAGCACAGAGAUUUUUUGGAAUCCAACCAGUGAGGUUCGAAAGCAAAGACUGAAGCGACACAUUGUGCUCUUUGAAGAGCAAACAGAAUUUGAAUCUGAACGCCUCUGGCAACAUGUCACAAGUGCCAUCAGCAAAGGAGACCAGAACAAAGCAACUCAAGAGAAGUUUGUGUUGGAAGAGGAGCAGAGGAACAAAGCACGGGAACGGAAGGAGAACGGGGCCGACUGGAGGCCCCUGCUCUUCUGGCAUGAUCCUGCCACCAACGAAUGGCACUACAAAUAUGAAGAUUUAAGGCCCUGGGACCCUUUGAAUGACAUUGCACAAUAUGAGAAAGACGGCAUCCUCCAAACCAUGCAGAGGCAUUUACCCAAUCGAAUGUCAACUCACAAGAACAUUCGCACCAGCAACCAAGUGGCCCGACACAAGAGGUCUGCAAAUGAUUGUAGACGGCGUAAAGCCAGCGACCAACCGUCCAAUAACAGCCAGAACACUGAAAGCAGCUGCUCAACACCUGAAUCGGUGCAGGACCUUUCAGAUGAUGAUGGUUUUGAAAGUCCAUGUACUCAGUGUGGGAAAGAAACGGACCAUUUAAAAGAAAUUCACACUGCUGUCUUAUCCCUCCAGAGAGCCCAACAGGACAUACACAGAAACCUCACUGCUCUGAACAAAAAGUCUCUUUACAGGAGGGCCUCCUCGGAAAACCUCUUCCUGGACUCUCGCUGUUGGUUCCUUUUGUGCAUCUUCCUCACAUGUCAGCUCUUCAUCAAUUAUGUCUUCAAAUAAAAAAGCAAAACAAAACCCGGGGCAUUGGGCAGCAAUAACAAAGGGACCAGCUGCAGGAGAAAGAGAGACUUCACUGCAAGGAGCCUGCGGAGGCACUAAGCACUUUAAUGCUGACACAGCUGGGGUGGAAAGAAGAGAGGACACAGUAAACCAGGGAACCUGCAAAGUUUUGUUCUUCAGAUUAAUGUCAUUGCCUUUUACCUGGACAUCUACAAGGACCUCUUUACCUGUAUGGGCCUUAAUGCUAAAGCCAAAUGUAGCUUUAAGUGUGCAGUUUCUGUUUUCUAUGUCUUGUCAUCUUAGGAUGCAAUUAAAAUCUACCGACGAGUAUUUGCGUCCCCCUUUUUAACACUAUACACAUCUCCUUGGUUUUGUGAAACCAAACAGCUUGUUUUCCAGUUUUUCAAUAGGUCAGGGAAGGCUUCUGAACAUCAGUUAAGAGGCCUCCUGUAUUAUUUUGUGACCGAAGGAGCCAACGGUAUAAAAAGCCAGCCAACUGGGAUAGAUAGCACAGCAUUUUCUGGAAUAUUCUGGCCAGUGCUCUCACACACCACUUCCCUUUGAACAGCCCCUCAUCGCCCUCCGUUCCAUCAAGACUGUAAAUACACAUGACUUCUGAAGGCCUGCCCCUUUUAGGAACGAUGAGGCUUCCCAUGCAUAACCAACAAUGCCCUAAGUGAUGCCCUUUGGGCCAGAGAAUCAGAUAUGCCUGUUUAAGAAUCAGUUGGGUUUUUAAUAUAAAUAUAUAUACAUACAUAUAUAUAGAAUUGUUUUUACAUUGAUUAAACCAUACAAACACACAGCAUUGUAUUAAGGAAUGCAAGCACUGUAUAAAGGAAUGCUUCUGAAGUGUACCAUUAUUCCCUUCUGGGUGAAAGAGGAUGGGUGCAUAAGCACUACUGUACAUAAGUUAUUUUGUAUGUCACAAAAUCACUAGCGUACUGGGGUUCACUGGGCAUAGAGUGUGGCAUAGCAGAGCUUUUGUCCAUUGAUACACACCCACACUGGUAUGUGAGUAGGUGAAUUUUGCUUGCAGCUAGUUUGGGCAGCAGUCACUGAGACCCAGGUAGCUCCAGUGUCUUGGGGUUUUGUAUCAAGAGACAACUGCUUUCUAGAUUCACAGAGAGCUCCUUUCCCCCUAUAUAGGGCUGAUCCUGUGACUGUGUGAAGGCAUCCUAUGUAUGGUCUUUGCUCGUAGGUACAUGUAAGGUUAAUGGUCAGGAAUAGUAAGGGUUUGCCACUGCAUCCUUCAAAACUGUUGAUAGUCUUCCUAUUUUUACACCAUUUUUUAAAAAAUUUGCAAUAUUUUAUGUAGAAUUGCAGCCAGUACUAAGCCUUUCUUUUCUGGCCUGAAGUAGUUCCAAGUGGUAAGUACUGCUAUAUAUAUUUAAAAAAAUGAAAUUAUAUAUAUAUAGGUAUAUGCAGCCUUAAACUAUUUAGUGGUGGUGCCAGUCUGGGCUAACUUUCAAUGUAAAUGUUUCCAGAUUUUUAACUACAUUCCUUGUGAUGUUCCCUACCAGGGAACAACUUGUUUGUGCUUGAUACGUUGAAAUAAAUGACACAACUUUCACUUAGAA